GCACUAGUAUAAUAAAGAUGCAUCAGUCUAUUACUUAGAUGAAAAACUCAAUGUGAAAACUAUGCAUGCAUUGUACAAACAAAAAUAUCCAGAUCAUCCAGUAAAAUAUAAAUUUUACUUAAAAUAUAUGCAGGAAAACUUUAGCUUAUCAUUUGGUAGAAAGCAAAUUGAUGUAUGUGCACUGUGUGAAGAGUUAAAGAUUAAACUAAAAAAUCCACAUUUAAAUGAUAACGCAAAAAGAGUCUAUCAAGCAGAUAUUGAGCUCCAUAAAAGACAAGCAAAUAAAUUUUACAAAAAAAUUCAAAAGGUGGAAACUAAGUGCAAGAAUGAUCCAAAGGUGUAUGGGAUUGCAUUUGAUUAUAUGCAAAAUUUACCACUUCCACAUAUUCCAGUGCAGGAAGUUUUUUAUCUACGUCAACUAUGGAUAUAUGAGUUUUGCAUUUAUGACAUGAAAACUGGAAAAUCAGUCUUCUAUUCUUAUUGCGAAGGAGUUGCUAACAGAGGUACCAAUGAAGUGGGUACCUUUGUGCUGGAUUACAUUAAAAAUAAUAUUGGCAAUGAUGCCGAAGAGUUGCACCUGGCAGCUGAACAAAAUAACAAUAUCAAGAAGAUAGAAUAUUACAUUCCCAAAAGAGGUCAUUCAUUUCUGCCAAACGACAGAAUGUUUGGGACAGCCAAGAGACAUAUUCGAAAAAAUGACAGGAUUUCCACUCCAGCCGAGUAUGAAGCAUAG